AUGGGCAAAGAUCCUCGGAGCCGCAGCAAGAUCGAGCAACUCUGCCGUGCACAAGUGUCAGUCAGUGCCGAGUAUGCAAAGAAUGCAGAACAGACGCCAGGCGAGAUCGCUCAGAAGCUGUAUGGGAGCCAUCAUCUCACCAACAUCGUCACACCAAAACCAGAUCAGCAGGAAUCCGCCUCGCAGAGUGACCUGCAGUGGGCUCAGAGUUGUGGCACGUUCGGAGAUACUCAGCCAAGCGAGCUGUUCCUGCAUGCCUUCCACGAUCUCUUGCAAUGUCUGGAAAACGACCCUGUUGCCGAUUGCGUCUCGCCGCCACUGAUUGGCUCGACCGGCUACGUUCCCAUGACCAUCAUCGCGCCUCUGAACGAUCAACUUCGACAUAUGUCGAAUCUGAUUGUGCGCGCACAGCAUGAAGUCUUACUGGCGACCAAUUUCUGGAAGAAGAGUGGCGCCAGCACUUUUGUCAACGAUGCACUAAUCGAACUCUCCAAACGGGCAGGUGCUCGUGGGGGGAGGGUUGUUGUCAAGAUCAUGUUUGAUCGGGGUGCUCUGAAGCAGGUGUGGAACAACCACCAAGACGUGAGCUCAACAGGAUGGCAAGCAGCUGGGGUUGGUCUGCCACCACCGGAACAAAUGCCCAAUGUAGACCUUGCUAUUGUCAACUUUCACAGACCUCCACUGGGCACGUUUCAUUCCAAGUUCAUGAUUGUGGAUAGACAGAUCGCGACCGUCUCGAGUAACAACAUUCAAGACAACGAUAACCUGGAGAUGAUGACCCACAUUGAAGGUCCCAUCGUUGACUCGAUAUGGGAGACGUUCUUGAUCAGUUGGCACAACAAGCUAGAGCCGGCGUUACCUUGCAGAGCGACACCUGCUACAACGCGACCACCACCAACAUACCAAUUAGAGGCGUUCACAUCACUGUUCGAGCAGGAUGGAUCUUUCCGCCUUCCCGAAAGGCCUUUCGACCAAAAUCUCCCCGAACAUAUGCCCGGCAAACCACACUACGACGACACCAUGCAUGACGAGAUCCAACGCAUGCGAUCUACGCUCCGACCCCUCGAGCCCACAGAGCCACACGUCAACGCCGUAGCUCGUCACCUCAACAAACCCACCAACCUCUCCCUCAAACCCACCGCCAGCGACCGAGACAACAAUAACAAGCUCAACUUCUUCCCCUUCAUCCCCAUCCCAAACACCUCCCCCGUCCCCAUGGCCAUGUGUUCCCGCAAACCCUACGCCAACAUCACCAACGACUCCCUCUUCGUACCCCAAAACGAAGCCUUCCUCUCUCUAAUCCGCAACGCCCAAAAAUCCAUCUUCAUCCAAACCCCCGACCUCAACGCCAAACCCCUCUUACCCGCCCUCCUCUCCGCGAUCCAACACCGCCAAAUCCGCGUCACAUACUACGUCUGUCUGGGCUACAACGACGGAGGAGAAUUACUCCCCCAUCAAGGCGGCACCAAUGAAAUGAAUGCCAAUUAUUUAUACUCGCAAUUAACCACUCCUGCAGAAAAGGCUUUGUUACAAGUAUAUUAUUAUGUCGCAGCAGAUCAGACUCGUCCGAUACAUAAUGUGUGGAAGCAAAGGUCUUGUCAUAUUAAACUUAUGAUUGUGGAUGAUUGUGUGGCGAUUCAAGGGUCGGGGAAUCAGGAUACGCAGAGUUGGUUUCAUUCGCAAGAGGUAAAUGUGUUGAUUGAUAGUGCGGUGGUUUGUAGGGCGUGGAAGGAAGGGAUUGAGAGGAAUCAGAAUACCCAUUUGUAUGGUGCUGCGAGUCGGGAUGAUGGGUGUUGGUAUGAUCCUCAGACGGGCAAGUUGGCCGAAGGGAGUUUGGGGCCGAAAGCUGGUCAUUUCUCCUGGGCCAAAGGUGUCAUUGGGACGGUGAAGAAGGCCGAAGGACAAUAG